UGCCUACCCUCGAAUGCUCGGCUUCUCAGCUGUCACUAUACUCUACGAGUCUCUUGCUCACGCCUCACAAUGAAACCCUAAAUCCUUUUGUGUCAGUUUCCUUCCUAAUCGCUGCUCAGCCAUCACCGUCGCGACUCGCGAGGAGACACGUUCCAUCUUCUGGCACCCCCUCUUCCGAUUCCGGCGUUCCCUCUUCUAGUUCUGGAGUUUACUCGACGUCCUUCAUCAAAGUUUCCGGGGUCUGUUCGAGAUUUGAAAAUUCCAGGGGAUGUGGUAUAGUGAAAAUCCCUUUACCGCAUAUGAAUAAUUCUAUAUGCAGGUGGAUGAAAAGCUUUACCAAAAUUAAGAACUUUCCGAAUACAUGGAUGAGAAAGCCAAGAAAAAGGGGAGAAAAGAUGAAGUAAUGAAUAUUAAUGUUGCUGAUGAUAAAGAAGUGCAGUUCUUGGAUGACAACCAAGAAAGCAAGAUGAAGAAAAGAAAAAAAGAUGAUUCUUCAUUAAAUGGAAUCCAAGAAUUGGUUUUUUCAAAACCAAGCAAGAAAAUGAUGAAGGAUAAUAGGUUAAAAAGCAACAAAGGUAAAGAUGAUGACCAAGGCAAGCUGAUGAUGAAGAAGAAAUUGAGUGCAGAAAACCAACAUGUGGAUCACAAUGAAUUUAAAAGUAAUGAAGAUAAAGAUGAUGGCCAAUACAAGAAGGAGGAGGAGGAGGAGGAGAAGAAGAAGAAGAAGAAAAAGAAGAAGAAGAAGAAACUGAGUGAAGAAAGUAAAAGUAAAGAGUAUAAUGAGUUUGAAAGCAAUGAUGGUGGAGAUGAUGGCAAAGGUAAGAAGAUGAAGAAGAAGAAACUGUGUGACAAAAGCAAAAGUAAGGAGAAUUGUGAGUUCAAUAGCAAGCAGAUGAUGAAGCAGAAGAAAUCAGAUGCAGAAAACCGACAUGAGGGUUACAAUGAAUUUAAAAGCAAUGAAGACAAAGAUGACAAUCAAUACAAGAAGGAGGAAAAGAAGAGGAAGAAGAAAAAACUGAGUGAAGAAAGCAAAAGUAAGGAUUAUAAUGAGUUUGAAAGCAAUGAAGGGGGAGAUGAUGACCUAGGUAAGAAGAGGAAGAAGAAAAAACUGAGUGAAGAAAGCAAAGAUAAGGAGUAUAAUGAGUUUGAAAACAAUGAAGGAGAAGAUGAUGGUCAAGGUAAGAAGAUGAAGAAGAAGAAACUGCGUGAUAAAAGCAAAAAUAAGGAGAAUAGUGAGUUCAAUAGCAAUGAAGGUGAUGUAAAUGAAGUUGAUGAUCAAAGCAAGAAGAUGGAGACAAAGAAGAACGCCAAGGCAGAUACUGGUGAAUCUCCUAAUCCUGCACACAGUGGAUCAUCCAAACCCAAACGUGUAACUUUUUCGGAUCAAGUGGAUGUUUGUUGUGAUGGCUUAAUCCGUGGGAAAAGGUUUACACCAGAGGAAGAUGAGAAAAUUAAGUUGGCUGUUUUUGAUUAUAUAGAGUCUCAUGGUUUGGGAGAUGAAGGUCUAGAUAUGGUUCUCCAUUGCAAAUCUCAUCCUGAAAUUAGAGAUUGUUGGAAGGAAAUUGGAGCAGCCUUACCUCAGAGGCCUUAUGUUAGUGUGUAUACUCGUGCUCAUAUUUUGUUUGAAAGGGGUGAGGAUCGUAAGUGGACACCUGAAGAGUAUGAAUUUUUACGGAAGGUCAAGGAGCAACAUGGAUCUGAUUGGAAAUCAGUAGCUGAAGCAUUGGGCAAACAUCGAUUUCAUGUAAAGGAUGCAUGGCGUAGAAUAAAAUUAACCAACACAAACCAAGGACGAUGGACCCAAGAGGAGUAUCAAAAUUUAUUUGAUUUAGUAAACCUGGAUCUACGUGUGAGAGCUUCACAGGAUUAUAGAAAAUCAAAACAUGGUAUGCUGCGAGAUAAUAUUGGUUGGGAGGCAAUUGGUGACAAAUUGACCACUAGAUCCAGUGUGCUCUGCUGCAAAAAGUGGUAUGAUAAAUUAACGUCGCCUAUGGUUGCCAAUGGUGUAUGGAGUGAUACUGAUGACUAUCGCCUGGUAAAUGCUUUAUUUACUUUGGAUGCUUGCUGCAUGGAGGAGGUAGAUUGGGACAAUCUGCUUGAGCAUAGGCCUGGUGAUGUAUGUAGAAAACGGUGGAACCAAAUGGUCCAAUAUAUUGGAGAGCAUGGGGGGAAGUCAUUUGCUGAGCAGGUUGAAAUUCUUGCAAAAAGAUUUUGCCCUGACUUAUUGGAAGUAAGAGAGGCCUUUGAUGAAAAACCUGUGAUUUGUUGAGCUUAUUAUACUUUAGGGUGGAGUGACUUUUUGAACUCGGAAUGUAUUUGUUUAUGAUUAUGAUGUUUUUGUGGGAUCAUCCAACACAUCAGAAACUGGAUUCUGUUUUGCAGUUUGAGGGUAGUUUAUAUUAGUGUUUUCUUAUAAUGAAUGUUACUCCUGUUCUUUUGUCCCUGCUAAGUCCUAGUUGGAAGUUAUUUGAAAAGGUUUUUUAUUAAAGUUAUAGUGUAAUGAAAGUUUGAUGCCUACUUAUUGCUGCUUGUUGUAUUUUGGUCUAUUAUUAUUGCUAAUUAUUUGGUGAGAAAUAAAAUCUUUUGGGGGA